AUGCGGUGGUUUCCAUUGAGUACAACUUCAAACUCGGAAAGAGAGCGGGAUAGAGAGAAUAAUACUACUCGUUCUUCGGUGUAUCUCAAUGUAUAUGAUCUUACUCCCGUAAACAAUUAUCUUUACAUGCUUGGUCUUGGAAUAUUUCAUUCGGGUAUACAAGUUCAUGAUAUUGAAUAUGGAUUUGGAGCACAUGAAUAUCCAAGUAGUGGUGUGUUUGAGGUGGAGCCUAGAAGCUGCCCUGGCUUCAUCUUUAGACGUUCAGUGUUGUUGGGCAGCACUGAUAUGUCUAAUUCAGAAUUUCGAUCUUUCAUAGAGCGCCUGUCAACAAAAUAUCACGGAGACACUUAUCAUCUUAUUGCCAAAAACUGCAACCAUUUUACGGAUGAAGUUUGCCGACAUCUAACAGGAAGUCCCAUCCCUGGAUGGGUAAAUCGGAUGGCUCGUGUAGGUUCUUUCUGCAAUUGUCUGCUUCCAGAAAGCCUCCAGGUUGCCGCUGUUAGACAUCGCCCUGAACGUCUUUCAUUUUCUGAUGAUGAUGGAACAGGAUCUGAUGGUCAUUCUGCAUCCAUUGAUAGUGAAGAGGAUGAGCCCAAUCACCAUUUGCUAACUGCACCAAAUGGUGAUGUUGCAUUUCUAAAGGAAAAACCAGUUCGGCUGUCGCGGGAGCACCUAUGA